UUUAAGGUGAAAUGACUGAACCUAUCAAGGAAAUUGCCGCGAAAAGAAGUGUCGAAGCAGUUUACACCGGAGGAACUGUCAGAUGGAGUGCAAAUGGUCAGAAACUUUUUUCUACAUGCACAAAUGUUGUGAAAGUGAUUGAUCUGGCUGACAAUACUGCAAGCUAUACCAUCGGCGACCCUGAAGAUGAGCUACGCAUUACGUGCACAGCUGUCGACAAGAACAGAAAUCGCCUUUUGGUCGCCUAUAACAAUCAAAUAAUUCGUGAAUACUCAAUUCCUUUGGAUCCGUCGACAACUAAACCAGAGUUGGCCAGAACAUGGAAAACCAUACACACUGCUCCUAUUCUCGUUAUGGAAUUCAAUGAGGAGGGCCAUUUACUGGCGACUGGAAGUGCCGAUCACAUCGUGAAAGUCUGGAAUCUGACAGAGCAACAAUGUACACACACAUUAAAAGGACCCUCGGUAGUUUCAGCAAUUCUGUUCGGAAAACAUGAAAAGCUUGUCGUUGGAUACAUUGAAGGACAAUUGAACCUCUAUAAUAUAAUGAGAGGUGCUCCGAAAAAACUUGUAAACACAUGGAAAAGUCAUAAUUCUCAUAUUACCGCACUGCUUCAAGUUCCGGAUUCACGAGUUGUUGUGGCUCUUUCGCGAGAUCAGACGAUGAGUAUUCAUGAAACAGAAACUCAAGAAACACUCCGAGUUCUUCCACUCUACGAAUCAAUUGAAGGCGGAGCAAUCGGACAUAACGGAAAUCUUUUCACUGUUGGAGAAGAGGGUGUUGUUAAGGAAUUUGUGAUUGAAACUGCGAAGUUGGUCAGAAAGAAAAGGAUUGCCAGCUCGAAUCUCGAUCACUUGGCCUACGAUGUUGUUUCUAAUCGCUUUUUGGCAAUUUCCGCCGAACAAAAUCUUAUAAUUUUGGAUUUUGAAAAUCUGAAAAUUGCAAGACAAAUUGUUGGAUUCCAUGACGAAAUCUAUUCGUGCUGUCUUCUUGGAAAAGAUGAAUCUCACAUGGCUGUCGCUUCCAAUACUUCUGAAAUCCGACUCUACAACACUAAAACCCUGGAUUGUCAAUUAAUUCGUGGUCACACAGAAUCAGUUCUUUCCGUAGUAUCUCCUACCUGGGACACAUCUCUACUGGCAUCAUGUUCUAAAGAUAAUUCGAUUAUCUUUUGGAGACUUGUAACAUCUCCUGAAAAUGACUCUUGCUCCACUCUGGUCCCAGUUGCGGCAGCUACAGGACAUGCAAAUACAGUAACUGCUCUAGCGAUUUCCAAUACCGGACGAGCUCCUUUCCUGGCAUCAGUAUCAACGGAUUGUACUAUCAAAUUGUGGGGAUUGGGAGUUUCUACAAAACUAAAAGAAGUCAAAAUUGAUGCAGAAAAAGAUUUUGUCGAACAGCUCCCAAAACUGACAUGCAGUUCAACAAUGGUUGCACAUGGAAAAGAUGUGAAUUGUGUUGAUAUUUCCGAAUCGGAUGCUCUUAUUGCCACUGGAGGAAUGGAUAAACUAGUAAAAUUAUGGCAAGUGGAUACUCACAAAAUGCAAUUGGGAAUCGCUGGAACUCUAUCAGGACAUCGUCGUGGAGUUGGAGAUGUUAAAUUUGCAAAGAAUUCUCACAAACUUGCAUCUUGCAGUGGAGAUAUGACCAUUAAAAUCUGGAACAUCUCGGAAAAAUCUUGUCUUCAAACCAUUUCCGGACAUUCUUGUGCUGUAUUCCGAGUGAUAUUCGCUCGCAACGAUUCUCAGUUGAUCUCUGCAGACAGUGCUGGAAUCAUCAAGAUUUGGACAAUCAAAACUGCUGAUUGUGAAUGUUCCAUUGAUGCGCAUACUGACAAAAUUUGGUCGCUUUCGAAAAAUCAUAACGAGUCAGAGUUUGUGACUGCUGGAACUGAUGGGCGGAUUGUUGUCUGGAAGGAUGUUACAGAGGAGAAACAAAAAGCCGAGGAUAAUAAGAGAAGAGAGGCUAUUGAACAAGAUCAGACUUUGACAAAUUUAUUGAGUCAGAAGAGAUAUUCGGAAGCUCUCGUGUUUGCACUGACUCUAGCCAAACCGUUUUGUGCUUUUAAGGUUAUAAAUGCUCUGAUGGCUGAGGAGACACCAGAAGAACUCGGUUCCGCAAUUCGCCGCCUUGACACCCGUCAAAUUGAGAUUCUACUGCAAUUCACAGUGAAAUGGAACACGAAUAGUCGAACAUCGUCAGUUGCACAACGAGUUUUGUACGAAAUUGUUCAUAUCGUGGAUCCAGAGGAGUUAGUGUCAAUGCCCGGUGCAUAUGGAUAUAUUGAAUCAUUCCUACCGUACACCCAACGGCACAUGGAUCGAUUGGAUCGGGCAAAGCAAGAUGUUAGCCUAUUCGAUUUUGUUUGGAGACAAAUGAGAAGCUCUGUCUGAAACGUUAAAACUUUUUUUGUUAUUGUUGUUGGUUUUUGUUGAAUUUUCAAGCUCAUCGGAUCUCUAUAGUUAUCUUUUUUAUUUUUAAAGUUAUUUGUUGUUUUUUUUUUGUUAUAGCUCAAUAAUUUUUAUAAAAUUUGUUUCCUUUU